UUCAGUUCCAACUCUGCAUCAAUCCCUCCCUUGAGCAGAGGGAUGAGUCGCUGUGCAGAGAACCUGAAGGGCUUCCUAGCCCGAGUGGAGGCUAAGGCAGGGCAGGAGAAGGGGCAGCUGGCUGAAGAAUUCCAGGAAAUCAAGGCUCGGGCUGUAGCAUUCCGGCAACAGCAGGGCUUUUCCACAGAGGCUGGGGGCCACAAGGAGAAUAUCAAGAAGAACCGUUAUAAAGACAUCUUGCCAUAUGACCAGACCAGAGUUGUUCUGAACUUAAGGGCAGAAGAAGGCCAAGCAGAUUAUAUCAAUGCCAACUUCAUUCAGGGUGUGGAUAACAGAAGAUGCUACAUUGCAACCCAGGGGCCUCUUCCGCACACAGUGCUUGACUUCUGGCGUAUGGUUUGGCAAUACAGGGUGAAGGUGAUUGUCAUGGCUUGCCGGGAGGUGGAAAUGGGCAAGAAAAAGUGUGAGCGCUACUGGCCUUUGGCGGAGGAAGCUUUACACUUUGGGCCUUUUUCUGUGGCGCAGGUCAAGGAACAGCAGCUCAAUCCAGAUGUCGUUCUGCGGAUGCUGACUUUGACAUUUCAGCAGGAGGAACGUGUUAUUUCCCAUUUCCAGUAUGUAGCUUGGCCAGAUCGGGGCAUCCCAGACACCUAUGGCUACUUCCUUGACAUGAUUGAGCAAGUGAGAUGUAAGCAGGGUGAGGACACCGUACCCAUCUGUGUGCAUUGCAGUGCUGGCUGUGGCCGGACAGGUGUGAUCUGUACACUGGAAUACAUACGGCAGCUACUGCUCAAACAGAGAAUCCCUCCACAUUUCAGCAUUUUUGAUGUCAUCCUAGAAAUGAGGAAGCAGAGACCAGCUGCUGUUCAAACCCAGGAGCAGUACGAGUUUGUAUAUCGUGCGGUUACUGAAAUGUUCCGGACUAGCCUGAGCUUCUCUAACCGAAACUAUGAAAACAUCAAAGAGAACCGUCUUCCUCUCUAUGACGACGCCCUCUCCCUCCGGCAUCCUGCUCCCCUGCUCAAAAGAAGCACCAUCCUCCGGAGCAUCUCAGUACCGGCUGACCCAACUCCUUCAGCACUUCCAGAACUGCCUCCAAAACUCAUCAAGGACAUGGGUGACACCUACGCUGUCGUGAACAAAUUCCGGCGAAGCGGAGGAGGAGGUUCUCCUGCCGGUGAGGCCAAGCCUGACGGAGAGUUGCCUCACUAUACUGUGAAGCCUCGGAACGGCAACGUGUUCGACACCCCAGCUGUUGACCCCAAUGCCUUCGUGGGAGUACAAGCCAGCCACUCACUACCCGGGAGUCCCAUACGACGGCCAUCUCCCAGCUCGUCUGUCGAAUAUACCCAGAUUAAUUCAUCUGUUCCAGGUGAUUCCAGUUCCAGAGCUGCCACCACUCCAUCCCAGACCAAUGGACUUGGGAAAAACCUCUUGAGAAACCUGAUGCCCCCGGUUUUUACGUCAUCACCAGGAAAGAAAGGUCCACCAUCACCCCAGAUUGCCUCUGUGCAAGAAUAUGAAGAUGUGGGUGAUACCACUUCCAGGGGUGGCCCAUAUGCAGUGGCAGCCUCUGGAAACACAAUGGGAUUCAACUUCCGCAUUGGGAAGCCCAAGGGACCGAGAGACCCUCCUGCUGAGUGGAGCCGCGUAUAGGCACUUCGGACAGAGAGCGAAAAGGAUACUGCUUCUGCCAUGGAGCGAUAGACUGGACUGAACCGCUGCAUGUUCACCCCUACUUUAGGGAGUGGGUGCACCAACUGGGCAGAUCACCCUCCGGGCCCACACAUCAAACUGGAGCAGCUACAAGUACUACGGCCCAGGACAUUUCUGAGCCGGAAGAGAAGAAUGUUGAGGAGUAGAAGCUGAAAUCCUCUAGUUAGGAAAACGUGAUCCUGCAAUCAAUUCCUCUUCGCCAGGUCUUGAGUGCUUCUGGGGUCCAAGAAUAAGGUUGGCUUAUUUUCACCAAUAAAAAUUGAAGCCCA